CUGGAAAUGCUCUAAUAACUUGGCAGGGCAGAAGACGAGUGCGAGACUCGUCAGAGGAGGAGAAGCAGGCGGCCGAAAGCGUUAACGUCGCCGGUCUUGAAGUGGACAUGAAAUUCAUCACAACUUAUUCUGGACCAUUUUAUCAAAUUAUUUAAAAUCUAGUGAAACAAAAAAACAAAUGUUGCCUUGCCCACUAAAAGGUGUUAGAUACAGAAACUGUCUGAAACUUUGAGUUGAUGGUUACCGGUGUGCAUGAGAAUUGAGGCAAGUUUUCCAUUUGAUUCUGGCGAGCCAAACAUAGCUCCAAAUGUUAGCUCUGUUACGUUUACCAAUUACCAUGAUGCAUCUUAGCAACAGAGCUGGAUUACCUCUCAUGGGUUUCUCUCAGGCUCUUCUUCCCAUGCUGUGCAGUCUCAAGUUUCUAUACCACUCCAUGAACUACACGAUGACACCUAGAAUCACAUCGCCUGAUAGAGAUUUUAGUGCCAGUUUUAAUGUGGCACAAUCCAACUGGCUGAUUACCAGGCUCAGCAAAGAUGGGAAAGUUAGAGAAGCACGCCAAGUGUUCGAUGAAAUGCCUGACAAAGACGUUGUCACAUGGACAACAGUGAUCACGGGUUAUAUCAGAUGUGGGAUGAUGGAGGAGGCUAGGAGGCUGUUUGACAGAGUGGAUGCUAAGAAGGAUGUGAUCACUUGGACUGCGUUGGUCAGUGGGUAUAUAAGGCUGAAACAAAUUAAGGAAGCAGAGAGGUUGUUUUAUCAGAUGCCGGUGAAGAAUGUGGUUUCUUGGAACACCAUGAUUGAUGGGUAUGCACGGAAUUGUCAGGUUGAUAUGGCUUUGGAGUUGUUUGAGAGGAUGCCAGAGAAGAAUGUGGUAUCUUGGAAUACAGUUUUAACGGCUUUGGCACACUGUGGCAGAAUUGAAGAGGCAAGGACGCGUUUUGAUUUGAUGCCGGAAAGGGAUGUUAUUUCGUGGACAGCAAUGGUUGCAGGAUUUUCAAGAAAUGGCAUGAUUGAUGAAGCUCGAGAAUUUUUUGAUAGGAUGCCUAAAAGGAAUGUGGUUUCGUGGAAUGCAAUGAUUACAGGCUACACCCAGAAUAUGAGAUUGGAUGAGGCUCUUGAAUUGUUUGAGAGGAUGCCAGGGAGGGACAUGCCAUCAUGGAAUACAAUGAUUACUGGUUUCAUUCAGAAUGGGGAUUUAAAGCGGGCGCAGGAAUUGUUUAUUCGAAUGCCGCAAAAGAAUGUCAUCUCUUGGACUACGAUGAUCACAGGGUAUGUACAAGAUGGGCAAAAUGAAAAAGCAUUGAUGUUUUUUUCAAAAAUGCUGGUGGAUAAUGGGGUGAAACCAAAUCAGGGAACUUUUGUGAGUGUUCUAAGUGCUUGUAGUAACUUAGCUGGUUUCAGUGAGGGACAACAAAUACAUCAGAUGAUAAGUAAAACAGUCCAUCAGGAAUGUGCAUUCUUGGUAUCAGCACUCAUAAACAUGUAUUCAAAAUGUGGGGAGUUAGUCACUGCUAGGAAGAUGUUUGAAGAUGGAUUGACAAUCCAUAGGGAUAUGGUCUCCUGGAAUGGUAUGAUUGCAGCCUAUGCACAUCAUGGAUGUGGUAUUGAGGCAAUUAACUUGUUUAAUAAAAUGGGGAAAUUAGGGUGCAAACCUGAUGAUGUUACUUAUGUGGGGCUGCUUUCUGCAUGCAGCCAUGCUGGUUUGGUGGAGGAGGGGCUAAAGUAUUUUAAUGAGCUUCUUAGAGAUGGGUCAAUACAAGUGAGAGAAGAUCAUUACACAUGCUUGGUUGAUCUCUGUGGUCGGGCAGGGAGGCUAAAAGAAGCUUUUAAUGUCCUUGAGAAGCUGGGGACUAAGAUAUCAGCAUCUGUUUGGGGGGCUCUUCUUGCUGGAUGUAAUGUUCAUGGCAACAUGGAUAUUGGGAAGCUGGCUGCAGAGAAGCUUUUAGAGGAGGAGCCAGAGAAAGCAGGCACUUACUUGUUGUUGUGUAACAUAUAUGCUUCAUCUGGGAAAUGGAGAGAAGCUGCAAAGAUAAGGAUGAAAAUGAAAGAGAAAGGGUUGAAGAAGCAGCCUGGUUGCAGUUGGAUAGAAGUUGGAAAUAAGGUGCAUGUGUUUGUGGUUGGUGAUAAGUCUCAUUAUCAGUCCGAACUUAUAUAUUCUUUACUUUGCAAUCUACAUGAAAGAAUGAAGAAGAUUGGUUAUAUACCUUAUGAUGAUCUGACAGUAGAUGAUGAUUUUUCAUGAACAUAGAUUCUCGAUUAGCAGAUAGUUCAAAAGGCACUAUUAGAAAAGUGAUUAAUUAUCCACGACGAGUUCGCUCACUUCUCUCUCUUUCGUUGGCAUCUCCUCUCACUCUCUCAGACCCAUCAAAUUCGCCAAGAUAUUUGAUCUUUUCAAUGACAACAACAAUGGAUAUAUCGAGUUUGCAGAGUUUGUGCAGACAUUGAGUGUUUUCCACCCAAAAAUCCCUGAUGCAAUCAAAAUUACUUAUGCUUUUGAAUUGUAUGAUUUGGGGCGCACUGGUUACAUCAAGUGAAGUGAGAUGAGUGGAGGUCAUGGAUAAGAUGGAGGGACUUAUUUUAUUUUUAAAUUCAGGUUGAUAGUGCAAGAAUAUCAACCAAGUGAAUGUUUCUGCACUUUACAGUUUACACUCAAAGUCAAAGUGGUCCUCGUCGUCUACCUUCUGUGCCUUGACCUCCUAAGUUUGGUACAGGUUCAAACUUAUCUCAGGCUGUGAAGGGCCCUGCUCGGCCUGAUCGGAUUACAAAAAUAAGAUUGCAGUUUAAAACAUUCCUUUCCGAGGCAACUGGAUUUUAUCAUGAUUUGAUAGUGAAGAUGAGAGCAAAGUGUGGGCUCCCUCUGGCCUCUGGGGUAAUUCUCUGAGGAUUCUGAAAAUAGAAUUGUUAUGGACAAGGAUACUGAAAUGAAGAUGAUGCCACCGAUGUUUGAUCUACUGGGGUGAUCUUGCAUGCUACAAAGGAUCAUCAGCUAUUUGUUUUGAUAUUUUUCUCCGGAUGUGUCUGUUUAUGAUGAUUUUGGCCCUUUACUCUGACAAAACAAAUCAUCCUCCUUUUUCAGCUUCCUAGAGUUGGUGGCUGUUUAUCGAUAUUUUCCUAGCCUGGCGGUGGAUAGUCCCUUUUCAACUGCAAGGGAUAACUUGAUUGUUGCAUUGUGACAAGUGGAUGAGAAGAAGGAAAUCCCUUCUGUUGUUUACCAGUUCAAUUCUUCCAUCAACUUUUUCUGCAAGGCCCAAAUGAUGGAUGAUGCAUUGAAGAUGUACAGAAGAAUGCAAGAGAUGAAAGUUCAACCCACUGAGCAAACACUUACCUAUCUGUUAUAUGCGAUCUUGUGGGGGAACAUUAAGAGGAUAUGGAGAGUGGAAAUUUGGUGGUAAGCAGAGAUCUACAUGAGUACUUGCUACUGAACUGUCUUCAUGGUGGCUACUUUGAGAGAGUGAUGGAGGUAUUUGACUUUAUGAGGGAACAUGGUAUGUGCACUGACAAGUGGUUGUACAGGAGUUAGUUUGUAAAACUUCAUAAGAAUCUUUAUAGGAAUUUAAAGCCGUUAGAAGCCAGAACUGAGGCUCAGUUGAUUGAAGAGAAGUUCAAUAUGAACUGGGAUGAUUUACUGCAAGAUUCUUGCAAUAUUAAAGUAAAUUGAGGAGAGCUAAUAAGUGAAUAUGGGGUUAAAUUAGAUUCACUAAUGUAUCUGCACGUAGAAAAGAAAAGCCAUUUAUGGUGCAUUGCGACUCUCAUUGACCUAAACCAAUUACCUUCUACAGCUCCGAGUUUCCUAUUUGAAGGUUUUGCAACAGUGAAUAUGGAAGAUGCGUUAUGGUUCUCAGGUGAAACCAAACUCGUACUCCAUUUGUAAUGUCUGAAUCAUGCCGGGGAGAGACAUGCCAUCACGGAAUACAAUGAUUACUGGUUUCAUUCAGAAUGGGGAUUUAAAGCGGGCGAAGGAGUUGUUUAUUCAAACGCCGCAAAAGAAUGUCAUCUCAUGGACUAAGAUGAUCACAGGGUAUGUACAAGAUGGAAAAAAUGAAAAAGCAUUGAAGAUUUUUUCAAAAAUGCUGGUGGAUAAUGGAGUGAAACCAAAUCAGGGAACUUUUGUGAGUGUUCCAAGUGCUUGUAGUAACCUAGCUGGUUUCAGUGAGGGAUGACAAAUACAUCAGAUGAUAUGUAAAACAGUCCCAAAAAUAACCUGUAUAUGUAUUUUACUCCUAAACUAAACUCACAUGCUUGAGAAUCUCUUUCAUUAUAAAAACCAAAUAGGCAUAUAUCGUAAACCCCUA